UGUCAUCGUUCGUGUUAAAUCACUAUGUUAUGAUGGAGAAAGCAGUGAAACAGAAAGACUAGCGUUGGAAUUGUUGUAAAAGUACAAUGUCGUCGUCCACUCCUCGAUUGCUAAUCAAUAGAGAAGAAUUGAACGAAAUAUGGAGGAUAAUGCUAUCGGCUAAGAAACCAAAACAUAAAAUGGUUGGUGGACUUUAUGGUCUGUGGCGAAACUCUUUACGACAGCCAGUCAUUGAACUGAUUACUGGCCCUGGUAAAUACAUCAAUCAAUCCGACAAAGCAAAGAACCAUGAUUACAAAUUCGACAAAGACUAUCAUGAAUUUAUCACAAAGUAUUUGAAUGAGGAACAUGGCUUGAUGCAGAUUGGAUUGUGGUGUUCGGGAAAAGCGAACAGUUAUCCAUCUUUAAAUCCUCAAAACAUAAAGGAGUUUCGUGGACUGCCAAAAAAUGGACGACCAAUAUAUUUGAUGUUUGUCGAUAGAAGUAAUGAAUGUGCAGAAAUUGAGUAUUGUGUUGUCGACAAGGAUAAACGCAAUAAUAGUCCAAUGAUCCAAUUUACUCACGAAGACAUUCUUCCCGAUUCAAGUGGUUUCAGGAAGUUAGAUGAAGUCGUGAGGAAACUGUCGAAUAAUUCAAAUUUUACUCCUGGUUUUCCAAAUGUUAAAAUGCCUUUUAGAAUAGAAGAAGAAAAAAAAGAAGAAAGAGAAAAACAAAAAAUAGAAGGAACGAAAGAACAGUGGUACGACAGUGGUGGCGGACGAGUUCUUUGCCGACAUAUCAACGAUAAGUUGGAAAUGAUCACCCCUCACAUAGUCAUUUCCCGCGAUACGGUUUCAUACAAUUUAAGCAUUGAUAUCGAUGAUAAAGUUUCCCUUCACUUUCCUGCUGAUUUUCCCGUAUCCCCAAUGUCCAUAUCGUGGACAGGCGAUAUUUCAUCAUUCACAAAGAAUCCAAAUGAAAUAGCUGAUGUGAUUUGCGACAGAAUACUCAAUAUUCUUCAUAAGGUAGAAGAAAAUAAUAUCCAAGUCACAAAUGUGUAAGCCAUCCAUAACCAAACAUUGUAAGCCUCGCUUCAGUUCCAUCUUGUAUUUUUAUUUAUGCGCUGUAAAUUAUUUUAUUAAGUUUCACAUUGUUGGAAAUUCGUAUUUAUAUGAACUAUUUAUGAAAGAUUUGGUUUGUAUCGAGAUCGUGUAUUGCUCAAAAACUCACAUAGAUGCAUUUAGCCAAAUUUAUGAUGAAUGAUGUACUUUUGUAUUUAUUUAAUAUACAUAAAAUAUCUUACGAAAAACUAACCUUUCCUCUUUUUCUCUCAUUCCAUGUAGUACAAUGUUAAAAAUACAAAAAUAUUCUGGCCGUUUCUAUACAA